AUGACAUCACCGGACGAUGUUACGCCAGUCAAGCCUCCGCCGUCCUUCUCACCCGGAGCCGCCCUCAAUGUCUCCAAAGCCAGAUACCCAGAAAAGAUUCAGACCACCCAGCCGGUGAUCUCUUCGCUAUCAGAGUCCAUUCUGACCGACUCUCCUCCGGAACGGCGUUCGUCCGAACUAUCCCCUAGAACCGUAUCUCCCAAUGGGAGGUCGCAUUCCGCCUCGCAAAUUUCCCGCUCAAGUGCUGUAUCACCGCUAGGGUUCCAAGUUGAUACUACAGAUGACAUCCGCUCUCUAAUAAUUCGUGCAUUUUCCCCCGUUGUCGGUGUAUAUGCGUCGCCAGACACGGAUGCGCUCGUACGGCGAAAAGGAUUCAAGAAUGGCUUUCACGAGUUGAUACGACCGUUUGGGGAAAGGAUUACAGGGAAGAUAGUUAUACGGGAUGGUGUGGGCUCGAGUCGCACUUGGGAGGAUUUCGGGGUCCGUUUUGUUGACUUGGACACGAAAAAGAAUCCCACAGAGUCCAGCCAAACGGAUCCCGCUCCAUCUCUUAUUCAGAUAGAACAGGUGCUCAACAGGCGUGUCCACUCCGUCGUUGACCCAUUGGCAGGCUGGACUCGAGGUGGUGACAGCGGACACGGCGAUUUACCCCUAGCUUCUCCAUACUACAAAUCAUUUCUCAGACGGUUGCUCUCGGCGACGUACCCGGCGCCUCACGAAACGUUCGCACAUCCUGUCGCCUGUGUUAUUGUCAUAAGUUCCCAUACACCUUCACCUCUUGAAUCAUUGCGUCAGCUAUAUGCACAUACAAGCCAGGGUGACAAGCGUCCACCGCCAUGGGUGCAUCCUGAAUAUCUUCGAUAUUACGUACUUGUUCAUGAUGAAGACAGAGAUGAUAUCGCACAAUCAACGGCAUUAUUUGAUCAAAUGAAACGGCACUUUGGGCUCCACUGCCAUCUUUUACGACUGCGGAGCAAUCAAUGCGUCAUAACAGACGAUGAUAGCACGCACUUCCCGUCUUGCGAAUGGCUAACUCCAGCCGAGGACCUCCGGCAGCUAGGUGAACAAGAAGCCCUGAUUGAUGUUGAGACCGAAGGUUCAUAUCUCUUUGAAUCGGACCUCACUGCCAUCAAAGCAUUCGUUCGGGAAAUGGUCGCCCAGUCUGUAAUUCCCCAUAUGGAAAACCGAGUGGCGCUCUGGAAUGACCAAGUUGCCUCUCGAAGAAGAGGUUUGAGUGGUCGAUUUAUGUCCAUGUCUAGGCGCUGGGCCGGAUUCGGAGCAAGCACUAGGUCCCCUAGCGGAACUUAUGGUGCCGGUUCAGGGAACAAUUAUGAUUCUCUUCAAGGAUUCUAUAAACCUGAUGCGCCGGAAGCAAUAUUACGAAAGUUAGCGGAUUUUGCUUUCAUGCUCCGCGACUGGAAGCUUGCAUCCUCAAUCUAUGAACUUGUGAAGUCUGAUUUUGGACAUGAUAAAGCCUGGAGGCAUCAGGCUGGUGCCCAUGAAAUGUGUGCUGUGAGCACAUUAUUAAACCCGUUAGCAUCAACAGCGAAAACAAAGCUUGAAUCUAUCGACCAACUUCUGGAUACUGCUAGCUACUCGUAUCUUACUAGAUGUUCCGAUGCCCAGAACGCAUUACGAACCCUUGUUCUCGGUGUGGAACUCUUGAAAUCUCGUGGUGGUUCGGCCUCUGAUACUGCCGCAAAGUGGGCAAUACGAAUCCUUGAUAUGGGUCUUGUGGGUGACACUGGACGGAUUCUUAUAUCCGAGCGAGUAUCUGCGUGCUAUGCCUCCAAAACGGGAUUCGGGAGUGCGAAAUGGGGAAUACGCCGAAGGAAAGCUGGAAUGUGGACCAUUCUUGCUGCGGACUCAUGGCUGAAGCAAGGAAAACCAAAUCUUGCAUCUAUUUGCCUCGAGGAGUCGGACCGUCUUUAUAGCGAAGCAUUGGAUAAAGGAAAGGUGCUUCUGCCAGAAAUGCAACAGUUCAUCGACAAUCUACGGAAUGCCGUGCAGAUCGGAUACCUCGAAUCUCGAGGCCUUAAUAGUGAAGCCGAAGUAUCGAGUCCAAUCGAUUUUAGCACAGAAGAGACCAGCGAGAAACUCGAUAAACGCAACCAUCGGAAGUCAUUAAUCGGAGGAGUGAACCCGCUGGAGGCAAAGCCUUUAACUGUUACCCGCUUAAAAUCAGAUGAUGAAAGCCCACGAAAUGAUGAUUUCGAACAGUUAAGAUGA